AUGAGCGGUGUUGCAGGUUACUUGAGUCUCUCAUCUUUCCCCCACUCAGAAAUGCAGACCUUUUCAGCUGCUGCACCAUCAGCAGAAGAACUCAACCAACUGAAGAAAAAACAGGGUGACUAUCUCACAGCCCCAUUUGACCCACGCUUUCCAAACACCAACCAGACCAAGAACUGCUACCAGAACUACCUGGAUUAUCACCGCUGUGUGAAGACUGUAAAAGCCAACGGCAAGGACAUCAAGGUGUGUGAAUGGUACCACAGGGUCUUCAAAUCCCUGUGUCCCGUUUCCUGGAUACAACGCUGGGAUAGUGAGCGUGCACUGGGAACCUUUGCUGGUAGAAUAUAA